AAAAUAACGCGAGAGGGCGAGGGCGGGUUCUUGCUGUCGCCUGUGGAGCCGGAGGGCGGGGCCAGGGAGUUGGCUGGGAAGUCGAUGCUGGGCCAGAUUAAGGACGCGAGAAUGUGGGCCCGGCCAAAAGUCUGGCGGGAAAGGCGGAGCCUGAAAGUUUCGUCCUAUCCUGGGGCAGAGCAAGAGGGACGUCAGGGCCUGCACCGGGGCGUUCCCAGCCAGGUGGAGGCUGGAACUUUUCCCUGCAAAGCCGCGGGUGGGCGUGGGAACUUCUUCCUGUCUGGAGCGAGCGUUCACUGGGGAGGUCAAGCCCAAUCCGGGAAGUCUGCCCAGUGGGCUCCUGGGCCAGUUUUCAGAAUACCUUUAGGUUAGAUGUAAGACGACCAUAGGUUUUUUCAGGGUGCGGGGGCGGGCUAGGACUUUCCACAGGAGGUAUGGGGUUAUGUUCUCUUGAGAGUUGAAGUUGGAACUGCGUAGGGUUUAGCAUGUUUCUGAAGCUUACCUGGCGAAGUUAGAGCGUUCACCAAAAUGUGAGUGGCACCAGAAUGGGCACAGGGAAGUGGGUGUAGAAAUCUCUUGUGCAGGUUGGAGAAGGGAUGUAGCUAAAGCUCUCUUGAGUUUUGUCUGGGCCAAAACUCCCACUAUAGGUUGUGGAAGCUGGGCUGGAAUCUUCAGUUUGGAAGGAAACAACAGGACUGAGCCAGAACUUCCUAAGGAACCCUACUGCUGCUUCCAGAUUCUGUGGUGGUUGCUGGGACCCUGGCCACAGCUGGUGAAAUGGCAGCCACACUGGAUUUGAAAUCAAAGGAGGAGAAGGAUGCUGAGCUGGACAAGAGGAUCGAGGCUCUUCGGAGGAAGAAUGAGGCCCUUAUCCGGCGCUACCAGGAGAUUGAAGAAGAUCGCAAAAAAGCCGAACUCGAGGGUGUAGCAGUAACAGCCCCACGGAAGGGCCGCUCAGUGGAGAAGGAGAAUGUGGCGGUUGAGGAGAAGAGCAUGGGUCCCUCACGGAGAGCUACUGGGACCCCUCGGCCCCCAGGGGUCAGCAGGGGUGGGCGGCCACCCCCACAGCAGGGAGGCCGGGCCGGCAUGGGCCGGGCAUCCCGCAACUGGGAGGACAGUCCUGGGGAGCCGCCUCGAGGAGGAACUGGGGGCCGUGGCCGAAGGGGCCGGGGCCGGGGGUCUCCUCAUCUCUCAGGAGCCGGAGACACCUCCACCUCCGACCGCAAAUCCAAGGAGUGGGAGGAGCGGCGGAGACAGAACAUUGAGAAAAUGAAUGAGGAGAUGGAGAAGAUCGCGGAGUACGAGCGCAAUCAGCGGGAAGGGGUGCUGGAGCCCAACCCAGUGCGGAACUUUCUGGAUGACCCCCGGCGACGCAGUGGGCCCCUGGAGGAGCCAGAACGGGACCGCCGGGAGGGCAGCCGUCGGCAUGGGCGCAACUGGGGCGGCCCUGACUUUGAGCGGGUGCGCUGUGGCUUAGAGCACGAGCGGCAGCAGGGCCGCCGGGCUGGCCCAGGCUGUGCUGGUGACAUGACACUGUCCAUGACGGGCCGGGAACGGUCAGAGUACCUGCGCUGGAAACAAGAGAGGGAGAAGAUUGACCAGGAGCGACUGCAGCGACACCGCAAGCCCACGGGCCAGUGGCGGCGGGAGUGGGAUGCUGAGAAGACGGAUGGCAUGUUCAAGGAUGGCCCAACCCCUGCUCACGAACUGUCCCACCGCUAUGAUGAACAGGCCUGGGCCCGGCCUCCCAAACCCCCCACUUUUGGGGAGUUUCUGUCACAGCGUAAAGCUGAGGUCAGCAGCCGCAGAAGGAGAAAGAGCAGCCGGCCCCAGGCCAAGGCAGUGCCCCGGGCCUACAGUGACCAUGAUGACCGCUGGGAGACAAAAGAGGAGGCAGUGUCCCCAGCCCCUGAAGCCCCUCAGCCCACAUCCCAGGAGGAGACACCCAUGCAGCCUCCGGAGCCACCUGCUCCUGCUCACCGGCCUCCUGAGGAUGACGGGGAGGAGGAGGAGGAGGAGGAUGAAGAAUGGGAGGAUGUGAGUGAGGAUGUGACUGAGGACGAGGAGGAGGAGGACGAGGAGGAGGAGAUUGAGGAGGACAAGGGUACUGAGGAGCAGGAGGAAGAUCCAGCCCCUGACCGCCAACCCCAAGAGGCCGAGCCCUCUGGGAGUGCCCCCAGUGAGCAGGUGGACACAGCGCCUUCCAGAGCUGAGGAUCCACUUCCCCAGGCCCCUGCCACGCCUUCCAGCCCCUUCUCGCCACCUGGUGGCCACCAGCCUGUGUCAGAUUGGGGAGGUGACCAGCCAGCCCCUGCCUCCCUGGAGAGUGGGUGCAGCCUCCCAGGAGCCCAGAAAGCUGAAGAGGAGGGGUCUGAGGCACCACCAGAGGUGGGCCCCGAAGGCCAGGAGACGGCGGAGAUCACCGACUUCCAGAGGGUGCGUUUCUGCAAGGUGGUAGCGGCCGCUCCGCCCCCAGGGGCCGCCCGCUGACCGCAUCCGCUGGACCCGGGCAUCGGUCCUCUGCACUAACCUCCCACCGCCUCGCUCCUCUGCUUCCGCCACACUCCUGCCAGGAGAGGGUUAAAUGUAAGGGGAGGGGAGGAGCGAGGGUCACUGUAUGGGGCGGGGCCAGGGCAGUAGUGUAAAUUGGUGAGGAUUCAGUCCAGGCCCUAUCAAUGGGGGACGUACUGGGAUGGCCGAGAUGCCUCCGAAUUAGCGCCCUAAGGAGGCAUUGCGGGGUAGGUGCCAGUCUCCUGGCCGAAUUUCCCGUCUCCAGGCGCCUACAUCUGGGGCAUGGCAAAUCGCCUGUGACUCCUCCGCAGGACUUGAAUUAAUCGGGCACCGGCCCGCCUCUUUAUUAAACGCAGUGCUUCCGCUAACCUUUGAACUGUA